GCAAAACAACCGCACUCGGCUGUGUGAUGUAACGCUUGCUGGAUUGCUGUUUCCAGCUCGUGGGUUUCAUCACCGCGCAACCUUUCUCCCAGUCUUUCUUCUGAGAUCACAACUCCGAGUGUCAGAAUUCCCUGGGUCUUGCGCAAUUACGAUAUCUUUCUCCGUGGACAUGCCCAAGCUGAAGAUUCAGCUAGAUUUCCUGUUACUUUUUUUAAAUUAUUAUUAUUAUCGUUUAAAAAUUCCUUGCUGGGGCCUCUUUUCUCUUCUCUUCCGUCCUCCAGAAAUCUUGCUCGGGUUUUUUUUUUUUGGACACCUCCUCCUCCUCCUGGAUUUUUUCCAUCUCUGUUUUGCUUCAACGUCUCCCUGGGUCGCUGGAGGCUAGAGUUGUGCUAAGCGUCAGUUAAGGAGUGGAGUGUGUGUUUGUGUGUGUGUGUCUUUCCAGGGCAAACUGAUUAAAUCCCCUCUUCGAUUUUGCUGUUGUUGCUGUUGUUGUUGUUGGUGUUGACAAAUCGAUCGGAUGCAUGAAAUCGGCGAUGCGAUGCUUACUGGGCUGUUUCCGACACAAAAUUUGAACAGCAGGUCUGAGUAGAACGGCUCGCCUCCAGAAGUUGUCGGUGCUCCAUCACUGGCAGCUUUUAAGAAGAGACAGGAUAACUAUUUGUCUGGAAUGGGAUAUAGGGUCUCUCCUGCUGGAACAGGGAUGGCAGGGGGGGUUGGACUAGAAGACCUCCAAGGUCCCUUCCAACUCUGUUGGUCUGUCAUUAGAAUCAAAACAAAGAUUUUUUAUUCAAAUAGCUCUAUUAUUCUAGGCUCGAUUCUGUGUUCUAUGUUUGAGCCAAAUCGAGGGACUGGUGCCGAGAAGAAGGGAUUGACUUGCUCUUCAAAGCACCAGAGGGCAGACGAGAAGUAACGGGUGGAAACAUGUCAGAGGGAAAUCCAAUCUAGAAUUAAGGAGAAAUUCCCUGACAGUGAGAACAAUUGAUCCGGUAACUGCUAAUCAAUUAGAAUAGAAUAGAAUAGAAUAGAAUAGAAUAGAAUAGAAUAGAAUAGAAUAGAAUAGAAUAGAAUAGAAUAGAAUAGGAAUUUUUUAUUGGCCAAGUGUGAUUGGACACACAAGGAAUUUGUCUUGGUUCAGAAUAGAAUAGAAUAGAAUAGAAUAGAAUAGAAUAGAAUAGAAUAACAGAGUUGGAAGGGACCUUGGAGGUCUUCUAGUCCAACCCCCUGCCCAGGCAGGAAACCCUACACCAUUUCAGACAAAUGGUUAACCAACAUUUUCUUAAAACUUCCCAGUGUUGGAGCAUUCACAACUUCUGGAGGCAAGUCGUUCCACUGAUUAAUUGUUGUAACUGUCAGGAAAUUUCUCCUUAGUUCUAGGUUGCUUCUCUCCUUGGUUAGUUUCCACCCAUUGCUUCUUGUUCUGCCCUCAGGUGCUUUGGAGAAUAGCUUGACUCCCUCUUCUUUGGGGCAGCCCCUGAGAUAUUGGAACACUGCUGUCAUGUCUUCCCUGGUCCUUCUUUUCAUUAAACUAGACCUACCCAGUUCCUGCAACUGUUCUUCAUAUGUUUUAGCCUCUGGUCCCUUAAUCAUCUUUGUUGCUCUUCUCUGCACUCUUUCUAGAGUCUCAGCAUCAAAUUCACCGCCACUGUUUUUGUUUUCCCAACCAGGAGUUGUCUCCGUGCUGCUGAUCGCACACUGCAAAUUCUCAUCUGGAAAACCUUUGCAACAAAACGGCAACAAUUCCUUGUGUCACAACGUUCGGCCUUGCAAGCAUCCAGUCUUUGAUCAAGUCCGGUGCCUGGUGUCCCAUCUGAACGUCUCAGCUCCAGCGUUAUUUGAGCAUUAUCUCAGAACCCAAGGACACCCUUUCACUGAGAAGAAGAAGUUGGAUGAGUUUUGUGAGCCCGACCAGGAGUUUCCUCCUUUCGUCAGCUCUCUCAGCGACAAGGAGCGGGUGAUCAACCUCUACCAGAUCUUUGCCUUUUUCAACGCCUCCUUGGACAAUAUCACCAAAGACCAAGAAAACCUCGACAACAACCCUGAGUCCAAAGAAGACUUGCUACGGCGGCUCAGAAAUACCACCAACAAUACCGCGGGCCUCCUGUCCAAUCUCACCUGCCUGCUCUGCUCCAAAUACAAAGUGAACCACGUGGACGUGACCUAUGGCAACCAUUCCAGUGCCGACAGCUUUGAGAAAAAACAAAAAGGUUGCCAGAUACUCCGGAAAUACACAAAAGUCAUCGGCCACGCUGCGCAAGCUUUGGGACAUUGUCGUCACAAGCAGACGUGAUUCUAAGCUGCGCAUCCUGGCCUGGUCCUCCUCCUCCUCCUCCUUCUCUCUCCUAUCACCUCCUAUCUCAGGGGUCGGCAACCUUACACACUCAAAGAGCCACAAAAGUCCUAACCGGAAUCCCCCAUUCAAUUCUGGAGCCGACCGGAGGUCCGGUUCCCCCAUCAUAAUCUCUCCUCCUAGCGCAACAUCCUUCCUCCUCUACCUGUCCUA